UCUAUAAACAGAUACCUCCCAGUCACAAUAGCUAAAAUGUAGAUGUAAGCAAAUCGAGCGUUAUUUGUUAUUUCGCGAUUAAACACCCUGUUACGUGCAGACCAUCAAGCAAGCCGGGUUCGUUUCGCAAAUCAGCUGAUCGGCGAAAUUGACAAGGACGCGAGGUCCCGGUUCAACUGUUUACCUCUGCGCCGUGUAUCGUUGUAUGAACAGUUGACAGGGUGAGUAGCUUCGUGAGCGGUGAGACCACAAGUCUGUUGGAUGGCAGACGAAACCACGUCGCUUAGAGAUGAAGAGUCCAUGCGAUUCUUCCACGUAAUUUGCCAUCGAGACCCGAACACGAGGCGACAAGGCCUUGACGUGAUUCAGAAAACGUUUGACGCCUGGCUCGACGGAUACGGCAGCCCUCCCGACUCGAGCGGAAACCCGUCAGUCCUCAAUGGUUUGAACACGGGACCUCUGGUCGCCGAGUACCUACCGGAGUUACUCCGUCUGUCCAUCCAGUGUCCGUUUGACGAUGUUGUGGAAAAGUGUGUCACGCUGCUGGAAGACAUACGGGAGCGAGGUCGUGGAAUAAAGACUCCACAUCCUUUGGGACACGGUCCGAGUCACUUCAUCCCACAAAAUGAGAUUGUACCUGUCAACAGUUCCGACGAACAAGUCCAGAUGGUGUUUGUAGAUGCAUUCCUGCAGAACAACCGGUUGGAAAAUGUUACGCAGGUGAUGGGCUAUCACCCGGGCUACCUGGACUGCUUUCUCAAAACUCAGCACUAUCUGCUCUAUGAAGAUGGACCACUUACAUACGAAUUCCGACACUACAUUGCCAUGAUGGCUGCCGGUCGUCACCAGUGUUCGUAUCUGAUGAAGCUGCACAUGCAGGAGUUCCUGCUACAGGGUGGAGACCCCGCCUGGCUUCAGGGCUUGAACUUCAUUCCGAAAAAACUCCGCGACCUGUAUGAGGUCAACAAGAUCCUCGCCCACCGGCCGUGGCUCAUCACAAAGGAACACAUAGAGCGGCUGACUCGGGGCAACAACAACUGGUCUAUUGGAGAAGUGGUACACGCACUCAUUCUGCUGGCUCACUUCCACUCGCUUUCAAGUUUCGUGUUCGGCUGUGGUAUCAACCACGAGUUGGACCACGAAGGGGGCUACACGUACAGACCCCCGUCGGUGGGGGAGGCAAACGCUAAUGAGGCAGACUACUCCAGCGACAGUUCAAACGGAGAUUCAGCGGUUGAUUCAGAAGGAGGCCUCGAGACAUUGAUGUUAAAAAUGCGCGAGCUGACCGAGGCGGAAGAGGAAGAAACCACACAAGAAGAGUUGUUGAAACGAUUUGAGAAAGUGGAGAUUCAGAGUGCUGAAAUUGUGACAAGUUCAAAAGUGCCAUCACCAAAGUCAGACAUUUUAAAGUUUGUGGACGAUGCAAAGUUUGCUUAUGAAGAUUUCGCUAAACGUGGUUCUGUUACGGAUAUUCCCACAUUUCGAGCUCAGGAUUAUUCUUGGGAGGAUCACGGUUUUUCAUUAGCAAACAGACUGUACAGUGACAUAGGAAACAUUCUAGAUGAGAAAUUCAACGUGGCGUACAAUCUCACAUAUUACACGAUGGGUGACAACACGGCAGUGGACACGUCGUCGUUCCGGCGGGCGAUCUGGAACUACAUCCACUGUAUGUACGGCAUCCGCCAUGACGACUACAACUACGGUGAGGUGAACCAGCUGCUGGAGAGAAACCUGAAGGCGUACAUCAAAACGGUGACCUGUUACCCCGAGCGACUCACCAAGAAGGACUACGAUGGCGUCAUGAGGGAAUUCAAACAUUCGGAAAAGGUGCAUGUGAACUUGAUGUUGUUUGAAGCGCGACUGCAGGCUGAGUUGUUGUAUGGACUGCGAGCUGUGAUGCGCUACAUGACAUAACUGUGAUUACUGUACAGCGAGAACCUCAAACACUGUGAUUGACCGAGCCAUGAGGGCCGCACGUGACCAACGUGCAGGUCCGGUGGCCGGUGUGGAACCUGUCGGAGGUCUAACCUUGUUCUGUGAUAUCUUUUCAAUGUGAUGUCGUGCUGCCCUGUAGCAGGGUGCUAAACUCUCAGCCGGUUGUACGUGCUGUUCAGUGUCAGCUGGUACAACAUGCUACAUGAAGUGGAUGGGAAGAGUGCUACACAAUGAGUGCAAGGACAGUGUGGGCUAUUUUUUGUGUUUUUGUUUGUUUUUUUGUAAUCGUGGGGCUGUCUGAGAACAUGUAUGAGAUGCUAUGAAGAACAAAUGACAGACUGAUUGAUUGGAGUGAUGCAGUCCAGCAGACCGCGCUAGGACAGUGUUCUCCUGUGCAGUGGUUCUGUUGGGUGGACAGUGUGGGAUGAGUGAUGCUGUCUAGGAACAUGCUGUGUGUGCGAGCAUCCGUGAUGGAGUUGUCUUUCAUUCAGAGUUUGGUGCUCUCCGCAUAACAGGGAGAAGUUUAUGUUGAGAUGUUUUCAUCUUUUAAAAGACAUGGACAUUACAACUAUAUAUAUAUAUAUAUAUAUAUAUUAUAUAUAUAAUAGCAAAUCCAAAGAGCUGGACAUGUGCAAGUGUGUUGUUGCAGCCUAUCGCUUGACUUUCCUUGUACAGUGUUGCUUCACCGUGAAGUGGCAUAUGUAGAUUGUGCGGUAAUCUGUAGUUUUCUUAUUUACCUGUCAAUUAAUGAAAAUAUGAUCUCCAGUAGAAAACUAGUGAUCUGUAGUUUCAGAAUAGUUUAUUAACGAAUUGUUUUCACAUACAAUCCAUAGUCUUCGUGAACAGAUUUUUAAAGAAAUAUGGCUAUAGUAACAUCUGUGAAAAAGCCUGAAAGCAGGUUCUGAUGACCGCUGUGUACCGUUUACAUUGUCCAUUCCAUCCAUCAUUUUACCAUCAGUCAAGAAUUGCUAUUUCUUAAUGACAUGUAAAUCUAUUAUUUAUGUUUAGUGUUCACCUGUUUUAUGAACAUUACUUUUAAAGUAUUUAGUAGAAACUUGAGUCGAUGUGUAGUAGUUGUUUUUAGAUUUUAACACAAAUUGUUUAUCUUCCAAUAAUUUUGAUUAAUAUUGUAUUUUUUGUAUUUAUGAAAAACUAAACAAGAAUGCUAGUCCUGUGUAUUUCACUUUGCCAAUUCAAGCCCUCAUGUAAUUGAGAUCUGAACUUGUCGGGUUGCCGAAUCAGCCCCAACACGGUUCACAUCUCUGGCCUGUCGUAAUUCAGAGUAUGUGUUUCCGUCAACUUCCUGUUGUAAACAUCUAAGAAUACAGAUCUUAGGCUCAUAUUGUGGGUCUUCUUGAAAUGCAGAAUCUGUCUCAAGAAGAUUUGGAGGCACAAUCUUGAAAGUGUUCAUCUAUUCUAGUGUACCAGAAACUGAACAAGUUUUAAAUGUAGUGACAGUAGAACAAGUUUUAAAUGUAGUGACAGUAGGUGGUCAUAGAUAUGAUAGUAAGAGCUGAAACAUGCCUUGUAGACCUUGGCUGUUACAACUGAUGAUGGAUCAAAGAUCCUGUAGGAACCUAGGACAGGUUUACCAACAGCACAGGAGAACUGAAAUGUCAGCCAGCAGUAUUGGUGCUUGGUUAUUAACAUACGCACUGCAGUUAGGAAAACCAGCAGUGUGUGUGAGAGAAAUGUGAGCUGCAGUAAGGUACAAGGCACACUGAAUAUUGUAUUUCUUGUACACAUGGUUUCAGUGGGCUUUGAUGUAAUAUGCACGUUGUAUAUAUGAUACUCUAUUUAUUGUAUAUUUAUUACCAGUGAUGACAGUUGAAACUGAUACUAGUAUGUAAAUGAGGAGAAUUGGUGAAGCAAAGAUCUAGUUUACAGUUAGCAGUCAAGUACCUCUUUAAAAUAGUAAUUAGAUGGGCUUUGUGCCAAAUUUAUAGAUUCCUCUUUAUUUCUCAAGUCUAGGAGCACAGUUUGUAUUAAAGGGACAUUCCCAAGUUUGCUGCAUUGUAAGAUGUUUUUGACUAAUAAAAUAUUUCUACGAUUAAACUUACAUAUUAAAUAUAUUUUCUUGUUUAGAAUAUCAGUGUCU